GAGCGGCGGGAUCGGGACCGGAGCGGGACCGGAUCGGGAGCGGAGCGGGAGCGGAGCGGGAGCGGAGCGGGUCCGCGCCAUGCGGGCCGCCCAGAUCCCCGCCGCGCAGCAGCGGCCCCGGCGCGCCCCCCUGCAGGAGCUGCGGCUGCAGCCGGGCGCCGAACGCACCAGCCUCACCCCGCUGUUCCGCCGCCUGCGGCUCAAGGACAAUGAUUGCGCCACCCCAGUGUCCUGCACCCGGGGGACCCGCAGCAGCAUCAUCCCCGUGCCCUGCACGCCAGGACCCCCUAGAAGUGCUAUCCUGCUCCCCUCCAGCAGCACCACCCUAGUGCCUCACACCCUGGAGUCCCCCAGCAGCACCAUCGCAGAGCCCCCUGGCACUCCCACCCUGGAGCUCAGCACCUCGGAGACCCCUGGGAGUCCCACACUGAAGCCUCAUGCCCCCACGACCCCUAGGAAUCCUACCCUGGUGCCCAGCACACCGGAACCCUCCAGCAGUACCAGCCUGGAGUCCCCUGGCAGUUCUACUCCAAGGCCCAGCACCCCAGAGUCCCCCAGCAGCACCAGCCUGGAGCCCCCUGGUAGCCCCAUCCCAGGGCCCUGCACCCCAGAGCCCCCUGUCAGCACCGUGCCAGCCCCGCUGUGCAGCCCCAUCCCAGGGUCCUGCACCCCAGAGUCCCCCAGCAGCACCGUGCCAGCCCCCUUGUGCAGCCCCAUCCCAGGGCCCUGCACCCCAGAGCCCCCUGUCAGCACUGUGCCAGCCCCCUUGUGCAGCCCCAUCCCAGGGCCCUGCACCCCAGAGUCCCCCAGCAGCACCGUGCCAGCCCCCCUGUGCAGCCCCAUCCCAGGGCCCUGCACCCCAGAGUCCCCCAGCAGCACUGUGCCAGCCCCCCUGUGCAGCCCCAUCCCAGGGCCCUGCACCCCAGAGUCCCCCAGCACCACCGUGCCAGCCCCCUUGUGCAGCCCCAUCCCAGGGCCCAGCACCUCAGAGUCUCCCAGCAGCGCCAACCUGGAGCCCCCUGGUAGCCCCAUCCCAGGGCCCUGCACCCCAGAGUCCCCCAGCAGCACCGUGCCAGCCCCCUUGUGCAGCCCCAUCCCAGGGCCCAGCACCUCAGAGUCUCCCAGCAGCGCCAAUCUGGAGCCCCCUGGUAGCCCCAUCCCAGGGCCCUGCACCCCAAAGUCCCCCAGCAGCACUGUGCCAGCCCCCUUAUGCAGUCCCGUCCUGGGGUUGUGUACCCCGGAGCCCCCCAGCAGCACCACUGCAGAGCCCUGCACCCCAGGGUCCCCUGGCAUCAUCAGCUCAGCGCCUUGCACCCCAAACUCCCUGGGCAGCACCACUCUAGCACCCUGCACGCCUGGGCCCCCUGGCACCAGCUCCACCCCGCAGGAAGCUACCUUCCAUGGCUGGCGAGUGGCACACGCCGACCUCUCCUGCAGCCCCUUGGACCCUGAGCCCCCGUCUGGAGGUGGGAGUGUGGGUCCCCUGCCUUGCCAAGACACCCCUCAGGGGGCUGAGUCCCUGGCCCCUGCCCCCCUAGAGCAGGGCCCCCCCACACCCCCUCACACAAAGGCAGGUGGCUCUGAGCGUGCCGGGCCAGAGGCAACGGCCACCACCACCCCCUUGCCCGUGGCGGCCCCGGCUGCCGUGUCCUGGAUGCUGCCGCUGAUGUGGCUGGAGAAGAGCCUCAACACCUCGUCCCUGCUGGAAUCCCUGCGGCACAGCCUGCCCCUGCCACGGCACGACGCCGGCACCAGCGUGACCCCCGUGCCCACGGCGGUCGCCGGCACCAGCGUGACCCCCGUGCCCACGGCGGUCGCCGGCACCAGCGUGACCCCCGUGCCCACGGCGGUCGCCGGCACCAGCGUGACCCCCGUGCCCACGGUGGUCGCCGGCACCAGCAUGACCCCCGUGCCCACGGUGGUCGCCGGCACCAGCGUGACCUCCGUGCCCACGGCGGUCGCCGGCACCAGCGUGACCCCCGUGCCCACGGCGGUCACUGGCACUUUCAUGACCCCCCGGGACCUGCGGGAGAUGAGCACAAACACAUCCAUGGGCGGCCCCCCCUGUGCCAAGGACAGCGCUGCUGAAACGGACUCCCUGCUCUGGCACUGUCCCCGGGAGCAGCUGAAGUCCCUGCCGCGGGCAGAGCUGGAGGGGCGGCUGGAGAGCACCCUCAUCAUCAUCGAAGCCCUCUCGCUCCAGCUGCGUGACUGGCAGGAGAGCCAGCGGCCGCUGCCCAGCGUGGGGCCGGCCGAGCAGAGGGAUGUGCUCACGCAGACGGAUGUCACCCACCCCAAAGGGGAGGAAGAGAUCUACCGCAACCUCUACUUCGAGCUGUGGAAGAAAACAGAGGCUCUGCAGCGGCAGCGGGGCGCGGAGCGGGACCUGCAGCGGGAGCUGGAGCUAACCACCGCGGGGACGAGUGCCUGGAGCAGGCAGUGCCUCCUGUUUCGGGGCCUUGCGGAUGCUGCAUUUCAGAGCUUGCAGGAUGAGCACGGAGCCCUUGACCAGGAGCAGGAGCAGGUGAGGGCCCUGGUGUCCCGGUGCCGGACUGUACUGGAGAGCGUGCCCAACAAGCUGCGGAGCUGCCUGGAGGAGCGGGAUGCCAUGAGGCAGCGAGCAGAUGAAGCCCUCCGAGCCAAGGAGGAGGGCGAUCGCUUCCUGGAGGCCUUCCGUGCCCACGCCAGCGCCCGGAUCAGUGCCCGCGACCAGAGCCUGGCCUCCCAGCGAGAGCUGGGCACGCUGCUGGUGGAUGCCAUCGACCAGCAGGCAUCCCUGGUUGCUGAGACUCAGCCUUUCAGGGAAUUCAUAGACGUCACCUUUGAAAAUCUGGAGGAGGAAAGGCGAGCCCUGGACGCGGAGCGGGAGCAGGCGAGGGCCCUGGUGUCCCGGUGCCGGGCCGUGCUGGAGAGCGUGCCCGACAAGCUGCGGAGCUGCCUGGAGGAGCGCGAUGCCACGAGGCAGCGAGCAGGUGAAGCUCUUCAAGCCAAGGAGGAGGCAUCCUGCCAGCUGGAGGAGGCCUCGGUGGCUCUGCGGGACGCGGUGGCUCAGCUGGAGCAGCUGACGGUGGCCAACUCGCGCCUCAGCACAGACCUGAGCUCCCUGAUGAAGAAUCUGGCCAACGUGGAGCAGGAGCGGGAUGCGCUGCAGCAGGAGAACGAGAAGCAGUGGGAGGAGAUGGCGUGGCUGGCGCGGGAGAGGGACACCCUGCAGCAGGAGUGCAACGGGCUGUGCCAGGAGCUGCGGGAGGCAACCGAGUGCCGGGAGUUCCUCGACCAGGAGAACUGCAUGUCCCGUACGCAGCUGCUGGAGGUGGAGGCCAGGCUCAAGUCCUCGCUGGCCGCCCUGCAGGAGCACAACCUGCAGUACGAGGAGCUGAUGGACUCCCACCUGCGCCUGCGGGAAGAGCAGGCAGCCCUCAGCAAGGAGCUGGAAAGCACUAAGGCUGAGCUCCUCGACUUGCAUCUCAAGAGGGAAAAAGUCUCCUGGUGCUCCACGGACAUCACUGAGAGCAAGAUGCGGCUACAGGAGCUUGCUGACUGCCUCAGGGUUGCUCUGCAAGAGGAGGAUGAUGCCCCAUUGAGAAGCAGAGCCUGGACCCCAGCUCCGCGGACACCGGGCUGGCAGACACCUCGCCGUGCCUGGACCCCCGCCUGCCGCACGCCGGCAUGCCGCACCCCGUACUGCAGUGGGGGGUCCUUCGUGGGCAGCGUCCUGAAAGCGGUGUCGGGGAAAGAUGCCAGUGAAGCUGCCGGAGGUGGGAGCGCGUUUACCAAGGACAAACCUGCCUCUACACCAAAGCCAUUAGAGCCCGAGGACGGUCUGCUGGAGAGCGUGAAGGAACUGCGAACUGUGGUCUCUGACCUGGCCAUGCUGAGCUCCCGCAUCCAGGACCUGGAGCAGAGCGAGUUCAAGGCGCUGCAGACGGAGAUCUCUGACCUGGAGCUCCGGCUGGAGACAGUGACGGCCGAGAGUCAAGAGAAGAUGGAUGCCCAGGCUGCCACCAUUGCCAAGCUGAACAAGGCACUGAGGGGCAAGCUAGAGAAUGAGAAGGAGCUGCAGGACGUGGUGAAACAGCAGGAAGAGAAGAUGCUGCAACUCAUUGACAAGAGUGGGGAAGUCACAAGGCUGAAGGGAGAGAUCUCCCAGCUGAAGCGCUCACUCCAGCGUGCGGAGACGGAGGCCAAGGUGCUGUGGGAGGAGAUGCGGGGGCAGGAGCCCAAGGUGGACGCUGCCUACGUCCAGGAGCGGGUCCUGCUGCGGCAGGAGGUGGAUAAACUGCGGCUGCUGCUCCUGGAGAAAGAGGAUGAGAAUCUGCUGCUCUCUGACAAGUACCUGGAGCAGGUCCAAGGGCUGGAGAUGAGGCUCCAUCAUGCCCAGAAAGUGCUGAGGACCCACGAGGAGAUGCAGGAGAAGAUGAAAGAGGUCCUGUUGGCUAUGCCUGACGUGGCAGCGAGCUGCCAGGAGCUCCACGGCCUGCUGCGGUACUUGGGCCUGAAGCCGGCCAGUGGCAGCAAGGAAGCUGCUGAGCCGCUAUAGCCCGUAGCGUGAAACCUUCCUCUUCUUAAUGCUGUGUAAUUAUUUAUUGAAUAAAGUUUUGUUGGCUUUCA